GAGAUGUUGUUACCUAAUCUGAACUUCAAAGUCUAAACGAGGUCGUUUUGCAAGGAAUAAGGAGAAACAAAGCAGAGAAUCUCUAAUUCUCUUUGCAGAUAGAUUCUAAAUUCACCUCCGCCGCUACUCCUACUACCGCGGCUUAGCCUCAACCCACCGGAGCUUUGUUCUGCCUCCGCAAGCUCUUCUGUUGCUUCCCGUGGCCUGUUAGGGCAUAUACUAAGAUUGGUAAUUACAAUUUACAGACCAAUAGGGUUUGUUGAUGUCCCAAAAGUGAAGUCAGUUGAGUUGAAUAUCUGUUAUGGCCGAUAACGAUGAGGAUUCAGCAAUGCCAAGGGAUGCAAAGAUUGUGAAGUCUUUGUUAAAAUCAAUGGGCGUUGAAGACUACGAACCUUGUGUUAUACACAAAUUUCUUGAGCUCUGGUAUCGCUAUGUCGUCGACAUCUUAACCGAUGCACAAGUCUACUCAGAGCAUGCCUCCAAGUCUGCAAUUGACUGUGAUGAUGUUAAGCUUGCUAUUCAAUCCAAGGUUAACUUCACCUUCUCCCAACCACCACCCCGAGAGGUGCUUCUGGAGUUGGCGCAAAACCGCAACAAGAUACCAUUGCCAAAGUCUAUAGCAGGGCCUGGUCUUCCACUUCCACCUGAUCAGGACACAUUAAUCAGUCCCAACUACCAGCUUGCGCUUCCGAACAACAAAAGGCCUGCGGAGCCCAUGGAAGAAACAGAGGAUGAAGAACCUGCUAAUCCCAACCCUUCUCAGGAAGAGAAGACAGAUAUGAUGAUGCAACAGAAUCCUCAUCAGAGAGUGUCUUUUCCCCUCCCCAAACGCCAAAGGAUCGAUUCCCCAUCCACCACUUAAAUGUAACAGAAAUGUAUUGACUUGUAGAGUGAGUCCACUGGGUUUUCAGCUUGGAACAAAAUCAUCAAGAAACUGCUCAUUUUAUAGUGUGAUCAGUGUUCAUCUCAGCUGUAUGAUUGUAUCUGUUGUCUUUGGAUCCUUACAACUGAACUGAAAAUGCAUUCAAUCAGUUCAUUAGUCUGUAUUUGCAAUUUAUUAAAUCCUUGUUCCACCAGGCCACUAAUUAAUACUCCAAAUUCAUCAGAGUAA